AUGAAGCGAGUUUUUAUCUUCACUUGCAUUUUGUUUACAUCAUUUCUAAUAGCUAGUUCUGACCUUUCACCCUCAGAGUCACCCUCAUACUCACCCUCAGAGUCACCUUCUGGGGGUUGCUCAGAUUUAAUAUGGGAUUUGGUAGAUUGCAUGUCUUAUCUGAGUGAUGAAAGUGAGGUGACAAAGCUAGGCCCUGAUUGUUGCACUGCGUUUGAAUUAACAAUGAAUACCGGUGCUUCGUGUAUUAUAGAAGCCAUAAAGAUUGCUCCUUCCUAUGAUAUUAAUUUGAAUGUUACAAAGGUCCUGAUGAUGUCUGAAGUUUGUCGUGAUGUUAAACCUCCAAUGACUCCUUCAAAACCAUCAUCACCAGCUCCAAAAUCAUCAGCAAAGAGUACUCCAGUGACACCAAGUUCCAAGACUCCAUCCCCAACAUUCUCAAGCAGUACUGGAGGUGGAGUUCCAGCCUCAUCUCCAUUGUCACACUCUGGAACCUAUUCUACAACUGUUUCAUUCGGUGUUCUUGUUAGUAUGCUUAUUGCAUCAUUAGUGAUUUAG